CAUGAAUUACCAAUUUUUUUCACCUGCUCUGUGUGCUAAGCAAUAGUUAUUUUUCUUGGUGGGAUAUAUGGAUUAUUUUUAGAAAUCUUUGUCAUUCCAUCUAGAUAUUAUUUUGGUAAUUUGAGAUUGGUAUUGUUUAAAAAUGAGAGUUAUUGUCUCUUUCUAUCCCUUUUUUUCCUCAAAUAAGUAAAGGAACAAUGCAUUUUUUAAUUUUUAUAAAAAAACCAAAGACAGAAAAACAAAAGACAAUUCUUGCUACCUAGAUUUACUAUGGCAAUCCAACUAUUAAUCAAGUCCCACCUGAUUUCAAAGUUUCAUACCUACAAUUGUUUUUUCUUUUUAUAGGGAAAAACUACACACACAAAAAAAAACCCCAAAAAAAAAAAGGCAAUAACAGGUGGACGAGAAUGUAAAAAUGAAACAUAUGAAUAGAUAUUUUGUGUAUCAUAAAUUAAACAUAUAACAUGGUGACUUUGUGAAUUGUACCCAAUUGAAGGCAAUAUAACUAGAAUCCUGCAUAGAAAUAACUGAACACUUGCUGUCCGACAAACUAAGACUUGGUCAUCUUUUUUGUCAGGUUGAUUUCUUUCUAUGGUCUACCUAAAUUAUAGCCAGCAGCAAACAUUCUUAAAGACCCAAAUUCUUACUGACGCACAAAAAAGAAAUUAAAUAAAACAAAAAAGAAACCCAGAGAAACAGAUGAUCAAAAUCUCCUCAGGUUUCUUCGUUCUCAAGCUUCAGAAGGUCAAAAGGCUAAAGGGUUCAAUAAAAGUUUGUAAAAAUAGGUACCUUUCAAGAAAAUGAUGCAGCUAAGGCCGAGGCCUCUGCUGGAUUUUUACCUGGGCAACCAGCAGAGCUACAAAGUCCAACAUUAACGAUUGAUGGAGUCUCAGCCAUGGAAACUGCAGACCUCCACCAUGCACCUCCUGCAUUCAUUGGCUCCAGUGAUGGAGAUUAUCCGCCCAUACGCAGCUUUGCCGACGCCAAGGUCAUAUGUUAUUUGGAGACCACAAAGCUUUGGAGAAUUGCAGGGCCAAUUGCCUUCAAUAUUUUGUGCAACUAUGGUAUUAAUUCCUUCACAAACAUCUUUGCUGGGCAUAUUGGAAAUGUGGAGCUCUCUGCUGUUGCAAUUUCUCUCUCUGUCAUUGCAAAUUUCUCCUUCGGCUUCCUGCUUGGUAUGGCAAGUGCACUUGAAACACUCUGUGGGCAAGCAUUUGGUGCUGGACAAGUAGACAUGCUAGGAGUUUACAUGCAGCGCUCAUGGCUAAUUCUAUUUGCCACCUGCUUCGCAUUGCUACCGCUUUACGUAUACUCUGCGCCGGUCCUAAAGCUGCUUGGCCAAGAAGAUGACAUUGCAGAUCUAGCUGGAAAAUUCUCUAUCCAGACCAUCCCUCAAAUGUUUUCCCUUGCCGUCAAUUUUCCAACUCAGAAGUUCUUGCAGGCACAGAGCAGGGUUCAGGUUCUGGCAUGGAUUGGCUUUGCAGCUCUUAUAAUACACAUAGGAAUUCUCUAUCUCUUCAUUAAAGUUUUCGGGUGGGGAACGAGCGGUGCUGCUGUCGCCUAUGAUAUCUCAGCCUGGGGGAUGGCAAUAGCUCAGGUGGUUUAUAUAGUUUAUUGGUGCAAUAAUGGCUGGAAGGGCUUGUCAUGGUUGGCCUUCAAGGAACUAUGGUCCUUUGCAAAACUCUCCAUUGCUUCAGCUGUUAUGCUUUGCCUAGAAAUUUGGUACUUCAUGACCAUAAUUGUUCUGACUGGACACCUUGAUAACCCUGUCAUUGCAGUUGGCUCCCUUUCAAUAUGCAUGAAUGUGAAUGGGUGGGAAGGCAUGCUGUUUAUUGGGAUCAAUGCAGCCAUAAGUGUUCGAGUCUCCAAUGAGCUCGGAUCAGCACAUCCUAGAGCUGCAAAAUACUCGGUCAUUAUCAUCAUCCUCGAGUCUCUCCUCAUUGGGCUAUUUUUCGCAGCGCUUAUCCUGGCAGCCAAGGAUCAUUUUGCUAUCAUCUUCACUGACAGCAAAGAGAUGCAACAAGCCGUUUCUCGUUUAGCAUUCCUUCUCAGUGUUACAAUGUUGCUUAAUAGCGUUCAGCCUGUUAUAUCAGGUGUUGCUGUUGGAGGAGGGUGGCAAGCUAUGGUGGCUUACAUAAAUUUGUUUUGUUAUUAUGUCAUUGGCCUACCUCUUGGGUUUCUUCUGGGUUACAAAACAAGUUUGAGAGUGGAGGGAAUUUGGAUUGGCAUGAUAUUUGGGACAUUACUGCAGACAAUCAUCCUCUUGUGCAUAGUUUAUAAGACCAACUGGAACAAAGAGGUAAAACAAGCCUUAGAAAGAAUGCGACAAUGGACUGGAGAAGAACUAGUUGAUCCUAGAAAAUGGAGUGGGCAAGAAAAUGGAUGUCAAACUCAAACUCUAUAGAAUACAUACAGAAUCAACUUCUUUUUUCUUUUCUUUUUCUUUUUGACUGUAAAUGUUUGUUAUAAAUAGGUUUUUUUAUUAUUAAUUUUUUGGCCAAAGUUAAAAAGGAAUGGGUGAAAACUCACACACAUACGAUAUCAUAGGGGUUUGAACUCAGGAUCACUUGGAAGUACACUAAAAAUCUGAGUCAAUUCAACUAACACCCCCAUUGAUAGGUAUUUUUAUUCAUUAUACAAUCACAGAAAAGUCUAGCCAGCAGCAU